AUGCUUCGAUCGAAGCCUACCACAUGUCUGCUCUGUUCGUUUAGAGCAGCUCAAAAGCCGGCGACCCAGAAAUGGCCCAGCAGAGCUCUAUCUAUUACCAGGAAACCAAGACCAAAUCGUAUGAGUCUGGCGGGCGCAGGAAAAGUUAGUUCAUCGCCGAUGAGAGAGGGCCCCGCAAGAAGAAAACAAGAUGGACCUUUUGGAGGAAUGAAUAUGACAGAGGCGAAUAUCCGCGGAGUCCCAGAACGACCAUCUGCAGCACAAGAAUAUCGAUCAUCGAGACUCAGUCGAGGGGAUAAAGAGAAAGAUGAGAGGGAUGAUAAAAAGAAUAGAGGAUUCCAUGCAUUGAAGAUGCAGAGCGCUCUCGCGCCAGUUUCUUACACCAGGAGGACGAGUAUAAAGGAAAGGAUGAAGGAAGUGGAGAGUUUUGAGCAUUUCGCAUUGUUAAAAGGGGUGACGGAGGCAAUUUAUAAACAGGCUCUUCCAGAACUCGAGAGCCAUAUGCCGACGCCCGUACAGAAGAUUGCCAUUCCGGCGCUACUUGGGGAGCAACAGAGGAAGGGGAAGAAGAGUGAGGAGGAGUAUGAGCAAUUUCUGAUCGCUGCGGAAACUGGAUCGGGGAAAACGUUGUCAUAUUUAAUACCCACGAUAAAUGCCAUCAAAAUUGCAGAGGCAAAAGAUGCAGAGGUCGAGGCAUACGAGAAGCAGCUACAAGAGGAGAAAUUACGACAAAAUAACCUGACAUUAGUCUCGCCUCCAUUAUCGAAUAUGCCACAUCCCACCACGGGAAGGCCAAGAGCCAUCAUUCUUGUGCCGACCUCUGAAUUGGUAACCCAGGUCGGAAUACUCGUCAAGGCAUUUUCGCAUACGGUUAAAUUCAAGUCAGCAAUGAUUUCUGCUAAUUUUUCGGGGAAAGUCAUUCGUAACCGUCUCUUUUCUCCAUCUGGAAUCGAUAUACUUGUAUCUACACCCCACCUCCUCUCUUCGAUUGCAGACUCCGACCCAAAUAUUUUAUCUCGUGUUACACAUCUCAUAGUUGACGAAGCCGAUUCUCUUCUCGAUCGAGGAUUCUCGCCACUUACAUCAGCCAUCAUCGACCGCGCUACUCCAUCCCUCGAACAACUGGUUCUUUGCUCCGCAACCAUUCCCCGCUCCCUCGACUCAUUCCUUCGCAAGCGAUUCCCCUACAUAAAUCGUCUAGUCACACCAAAUCUCCACGCCAUUCCUCGACGUGUCCAACUCGGUGUCGUCGAUGUUGAACGUGAGCCAUAUCGCAACAACAAGAAUCUCGCUUGCGCAGAUACUAUCUGGUCCAUCGGUAAAGCAGCUGCUGAACACGAUGGUCCCGUCAAAGGAGAAAUGGAUGUCAAGCGCAUCCUAGUAUUCGUCAACGAGCGCGAGAAGACCCAGGAAGUAGCUGAUUAUCUCGUCUCCAAGGGUGUAGAUGCCAUCGCCCUGUCUCGCGAUACUCCCGAGCAACGUCAAAAUGAAAUGCUAGCAUCUUUUACCUCACCCUCUAAACUCAGUAUGGCAAAGCCAGGGUCUCAUCCUGGAUCUCUCUCGGACAAUCAAUCAAAUUACGUACCAUUUGGAGAGGUCGCCCCUCCACCGAAGAGACAAUUACCUAAUACCAAAGUACUGGUCACCACGGAUUUAGGAUCUAGAGGUAUUGAUACUGUGGCUGUGAGACACGUCAUCUUAUACGACGUGCCACAUUCGACCAUUGAUUUUAUCCAUAGAUUAGGCAGAACCGGACGGAUGGGAAGAAGAGGAAGAGGUAUAGUUCUGGUCGGAAAGGGAGAUAGAAGGGAUGUGGUUAAGGAAGUUAGGGAUGGUAUGUUCGAGGGUAAGGCGUUGAUCUAG